AUGUGCCAAUACUACGCCCACGCCUUCACGUGCAAGCACCUCUCCUUCGCAUUUGCCCGCUUCUGCCAGCCCGCGAGCCUCAUACAGAAACCCUGCGCCAAGAGACAGGUCUGGCAGACCAUAGGCCUCGACGAUGCCUGCGAGGAGUGCUUAACUUGGUUCCCCGAUCGGUACCCGUGUCGGAGGCCGCGGUAUCAGUGA